AUGGAACUUAGCGUUCCCGAGCAAACUCAAGUCUUGAUCCGCAAAUUUACAUCCUUGCGAUGGAAUGUUCGUCCUGCUAAAGAUCUGGAUGACUUCAUUGAAAAGUACAUCAAGGAUGACUCUGCUUUCGAGUUCCCUCACGACAUUCCACUCUCCGUUCUCUGCGACAGUCUUGCCGCUGCGGCAACUAUCCGCUACCUAGCCCAUGCCGGCAUGCAUGAGAUGAUAGCUCGCUGUCAGCAGCUAGAGCUCAUGCAAUUGCAAAAUCCGAAGUUGAAAUAUAUCCGGAACCGACACCGAACGCCGGCUCUAUGGAACUCGGAAUACUUCCCAGUGCCAAAGCCCCCUCGAGAGCGAUAUCAACAAGCCGAUGCUGUUCCAGUAUCAACAAUCGAAGAGCAGCGGGCUAUUCGUGCCAUUUGGCAGCUUUUACUGGUCUGGGAGCUGCAUAGCUUCGCUAACGGACAGAGUCCUCGCUGGAACUGGCCUUCCGAUGAGGUCAGCCGACUCCAAAACAUACAUUUUGAGGAAAUAUGGUGGCAUGCCCUGCGGAACGAGAUCAUAGAGCCAAUUCGGACCGUGAAUGAAUGUAGCUGUCUGUUUCCGACCUUGCAAUCCCCCGGAGAAAGACUUCGUGCAGCAAAAAAUCUCGCAUUCACUGCAGGAUGGAAGUUUCCUUGUGAUUGCUCUGCUCCCAGCGCCUCUCUUGUUCAGGACAUAGAUGGUAUGGAGUUUCGGCAUGGUGCACCAGGUUAUCUAUUUGUGCUUGGUAGAUUAUCGCAAUGGUACACCUCGCCCUGCCGCUACGUGACAUUUCGCCCCUUCCGUCGCUAUGGCUUUGCAAUCUGGGAUCUGAGGCGUAUGCAGGGCCUGGGUCUUCUGUCGGCGCCAGGUGGUCCCCAGUUGCCUCAAGCUCCCAGAUCGGAACCAGAUGAGUACGUUAGGUGGGAAAGCAUUCUGAGUCAGGAGGAUCUGGAGGAGAUCGAGCAGCGGCGGAAACAUUACUGGCCAGGGACUGAGAUUGUAGCCGUCGAAGACGAAUGGUCAGUCACGCCACGGUCUGAGGUCUGA